UUUUUAAGUGAAAGAUUAUGGCGCGAAAGGACGAUUGAGUGGACGGUGACGCGUUGUUCAUGAGGCUAGAAAAAAGGCUCUCUCAGAAAAGGCGAGGGGGCUGAGCCCCCGGAUCCGACAUCACGAUUUUCGGCGACAGUCACAAGAUUGCGGGUGGGGGAGGCAGAGGCAUGUUCUGCUACCACUGCCCGCCCGCCUUGCACCCCGGCGCCCCACAGCCCCGUCUGCCAACUCUGGAAUACCCAUUCACUCCGACCCACCCUUACACGAGCUAUUCCUACCAUCCGGCCAUCCACGACGAUACUUUCGUCAGGAGGAAACAAAGGCGGAAUAGGACCACUUUCACCCUCCAGCAGUUGGAGGAGUUGGAGAGCGCCUUCGCCCAAACACACUACCCGGAUGUCUUCACCAGGGAGGAUCUGGCAAUGAAGAUCAACCUCACCGAAGCCAGGGUCCAGGUGUGGUUCCAAAACCGUCGCGCCAAAUGGCGCAAAGCCGAGCGUUUGAAGGAGGAGCAGCGCAAACGCGACGGCCAAGACGUGGUGAAACGGGACCAGGACGAAGCGAAAGAAGAAAAGGUUGAAGAAACGAGUUCCCCGGAAGUGACGGCUCCAGAUGAAGAACUGGUCCGGGAAUGUUCUAGCCGGAGCAGCGGACGUGAGACUCCGGAACAGAGAGUGGCCGAAACGUCUCCGGAUCCGGCUUCGCCGCAAAGUCCGGCAGCUUCAGCUUCUUCGGAGCCUCCUCGUCCGGUGCCUCCGCCCUUCUCGCACAUGUUUCCCUUCGGUGACAGCACCGCAGGAUUUCGUCCGGUUCUCGACGGCAACCCCACCAGAAACACGCCACCCUUGUUCUUCCCGUCCCACCUGGCCUCUCAAAUAUCAUCGCAAUUUUCGCCGCCUCUCUUCCCGACACUAAAAGGUUUUCCCGGCCUUUGCUCCUGCUGCCCCAUCAAGCCGAUGGCGGGUCUGCUGCCAUCUGGCGACGGUUCGCAGAUUUCUCCCGGCGGCGGCGAUCAGCGUUCGUCCAGUGUAGCCGAACUAAGGAGGAAAGCGCAGGAGCAUUCCGCCGCCCUCCUGCAGAGUCUCCAACACGUGGCCAACUUCCAGCAAGCGGCUGGACUCGCCAGCAGUCUCAACUUUCCCCUGCUGCCGCCGUUGACUCUGCAAGCGCUCAACAGGAAGCACGAAAUGCCGGAAACGGCCACUAACAGCAAAGAACCGACGACGUAAUCUGACAGAGGGAGUUGCGAAACGGCGUACUUAGGAGUUUGUAAAUAGUGUAUGGAGUGCAAUUUGAACAAACACCAAAUCGUAGCAGGUGGAGAUUAGGCUAAAACGGGAAUAUUUUAGUGGUUUUAUGGGCUAAAGGCGGUGUUGGGCGGUUGAUUGUAGUGCAAUAAAUGGUAAAAUAAAAGAAGCAAAAACAUGUAGAUACUUAGAUUAAAAAAAAAUAAAUAUGUACCAAAUCUCUUCGACUCCACAGAAAAUUUGUCUGAUGGAAUUUGUAACAAUGAAUUAAGAUAAUGCAAACAUUUUAAUAUCAUAAACACAGCAACAGCGUUAAGUAAUUCUUGUCAAUUUUAUGAAUAUCUCCUUGACAUAGUAUAAUGACUGUUAUGAUAGUUUCCCGUUGAAUCUUUUAAAUUUUGAAAAAAUCUGUUUAAUAAUAAUUACUUUAAAUACCGAAAAGCGUUAGUACAAAAUGUUUUUAAAUUAUGAUACUUUUUUUUUUAAUUUUAUGAUACUUUUUUAAUACUUGCGAAUACUUUUUUAAAUAAAAUUAAUUUGAAAUGGAAUUCAUUUAUCACUUUUUAAUUAACCUUCAAAAACACUUUUGCAACAGAACUUAUUUCUGUAAAAUAUGAGAAAUUUAUAGUAUAAAUCGGUGUAAAACCAAAAAUAACCAUAAUAAUAACACAAAAUACAACAAAGUUUAGAUUUUCGGUAAUAACAUCAAUAAAUUAAUUAAAUCUAAAAGUGAUGGCGGUUAGUUUAUUCUUAAUCUGCUAAAGUAGAUCUCCUAUUCGUUACCUAAAUGUAUAUUUUUGACCUCCAGAAUAUUUUUUUUUCUUAAAAAAAAACAAUUUUUCUAUUUUAACUAUAAUAGACCGUUUCAUAAUGAUUGACAUCUCGGUAGGCGUUGAGAGAGUAAACUAGACUUUUAGUUCCAAAAAUAUACUAAUGUGAACAUUCUUUAGAUGGCGAUGUCCAAAAAAAAUGUGGAACAAACGUCGAACAAAAAUGAAAUAAAAGAGAAAAAGCACAAAAACCACUUAAAAACGACAAAUACCACAAAAAACAAACCAGUGGUUGCAAUCGUACAAAAUGAACAACCUAGAAUUCUCAAAGUACAAAUGUUGCCAGCUUAAAUUUUAAUUUCCAUGACCUAACAAGAUGUCGAUCAUUUUGAAACGCUCUAUACAUAUUAGUUCUACAUACCAGGUGAAUAAAAAGUAUGGAACCAAACGUUUUUUGCUUAAACUAUUUAUUUUUUUAAAAAACUAAUUCAUGAGUGCUAAAGUACUAUAAAAAUGUG